CCGGCCGUCAGUCGCGGCGCGAAUUUCAUUCCGCUCACGUCACGGCUACAUUCUCAAUAAAAUUAAUAAACUUCAAAAACAUAUCCGAACUCUUUGCUCGGACGUGUGAAAAAAAAACCUUUUUAAUCUGUGGCAGUUUUCAAUCUAGGUUAUAAUGUCAAACAAAGUUGACACUUGAAAAUUUUGUGAAGUUUUCAAAUUGGCGGGUUGAUGUGUGUGAGCGAGAGGGGCGACAUGGAGAGCCCGGGCGAGGAAACGGGACGCAGUGCGCCCCCCGCGCCGCACGCCCCCGCCGCGUCACAACCCAAUGGCUCCAAUAAGAUCAUCGGACGAAACGUGAAUGGGACAAUGGUGGUGACGUCAGCUCCUGCCAAUGAAGCCGAGCUGCAGUUAUACAGGGUGAUGCAGCGUGCCAGUCUGCUGGCGUACUACGACACGCUGCUAGAAAUGGGAGGUGACGACGUUCAACAAUUAUGUGACGCUGGCGAAGAGGAGUUUCUAGAAAUAAUGGCGCUAGUGGGCAUGGCGUCCAAGCCGCUGCACGUGCGGCGACUACAAAAGGCUCUGCAAGAGUGGGUCAACAACCCAUCACUCUUCCAGAUACCCAUUGUACCCAACAUUUGUACAGAGAACCCUUUCAUACAAUGCAACCAAAGACUUUUAAACAUACCCCCUACUAUACCCAACGUCCUCCCUAGAACUGUAGCGUCUCCGGAGAGUAGUAGACCUAUGUAUAGUCCGUCCCCUGGCGCGCCUGACAACAGUUGUGGGUCCACUACAUCAGCCCCAAACGUCAGUCCUGUACAUAGUCAAGUUACCUUCACUAAGAUAGUCCUCCCAUCAUCUCCCGCCGCCACCCCUGUUACCACAACCGUCCGGUCUUUCUCCCCUCAAAGCGCCUGUCCCCCAGCAUCAUCAGGUUCCAGUCCAAGUUCAGUAACAUCACCAGUCCAGUUAACUCCCGUCCUCUUAGACAUUCACGUGCAGAAGUUAGCCGCCGCAGCGGAGAAGUUGAGUAAACAUUUACCCCAACUGGAGCCAAAGCCUCAGAACACGAAGAAGAAGAUGUGUAAAGACUUGGAGCUGGUAAUGAUGAUGCCGGAGACGGAUCCUCGCAGGAUGGAGGAGAUCAGGAAGUACGCGGCAAUAUACGGCAGGUUCGAUUGCAAACGGAAGCCGGAAAAGCCGUUGACGUUGCACGAGGUAAUGGUGAACGAGGCUGCGGCGCAGCUGUGCCGGUGCGUGCCCGCGCUGUUGACGCGGCGAGACGAGUUAUUCCCACUGGCCAGACAGCUGGUGAGGCGAGCUGGUCUGCAUUACUCCAAGCACGGUCUCCCGCCGACGUCAACAGCAGAGGAAAGAGAUAGAGAUGAGGAGGAGACACCAAGUAAACGACCGCGGCAGGUUGCGCCAGUCACACAUGAUGGAGAUGAUAAUGGAGUGCGAGCCAGCCCUGACGCGGCCAGAGGAACUUCUAAUCAUAGCUGGUGGGGCAUGAAGACGGAGAGCGACGACGCGGACUCCAGGUGCUCGUACUCCAGCGCCAGCACGCCGCCCCCGGAGACAGAGGAAUCCCGGCCGCAAGUGGUGGCGUCUCGCGGCGAUAGCAUCAUAGCGGUGGCCAACCCCGCGCUGCACGCCCCGCACACGCCCCACGCACCCCACACGCCCCACACGCCCCACGCACAACACCCCACACGGAAUCACUCCAACUGACACCUACUUUAGCUCACCUCUCGCUGCCACUGUCUUUGGGUUCCGUAUGACAUAAUGGACUGGCUAUUAGACGUAGUAUUUUGUGCCUAUUUGACUUCCGCCAUUUUGGCGCUGAUGGUAUAGUUUUACAGCGGUGGUAUGAAUUGAAACUAAUUAAAUUGUUAGAAUUUAAUAUCACGUAACAUCAACAGGUGCGUUUAAAUCGCAACGAAGCAAAAACUGUAAAUUCAAAGCAAUAGCCUAUCCAUUUCAGCUAUGACAAUAUGAAUUAGACUAAUUCUAUAAUACCAAGCUUUAUAAUAAGUCAACGUUAUUUUGGCCAGCAGAGGCGCUGCAAUUGCGGUUAUUCUGUCAGAAAAUAUGUAAACAAAGCGAAAUAGAAGCAUAGAAAACGAUAAUCAUGACAAGACAGUUAAGGCACGCCUCCCUUCACCCGCGCCGGACGCACCGCACGCACGACCCGCAACGGAAUUUUGUAUGAACAUAGCGCUGCGUCCAUCAUCCGCGUCGCCUGCAUCGUAAGACAGAGCAAAUCCGCUUAAUCUGUGCGUGCGGUGCGUCAACGGCUCAACGGAUCUUGAUGAAAUAUGACACAGAUGUAGAACAUAGCCUGGAAGAACAGUUAUUCUACUUUUAAGAUUUCUUAAUCCCACGCGGGCAGAGUCGAGGGCGACAGCGAGUAUUUUACAUUUAUUGUAAAUAAAAUACAAAUUCAUAAAUAACAUAGUAAGUUGGAUUAAUCAAUUUAUUUAUUAAAUAGAAAUAAUUAUUAAAUAUUAAAAUGCAAGGAUGUUUCCCGUUGGACCGAUCGCUCUAAUGAUCAAUGGUCCAAUGGGAUUUCUUUCCCAAAUACAAAAUGGCGUAAAAAUUAUUCCACCAAAUGACUAAGUUGUAAAUAUAAUUGUAAUUAAUUUAGCUUUAAGUUAAAGCCAUAAUAUGCCUUUUAGUCAUUAUAUUAGAUUUAGUUUCCAAGUGACGUGACAAUGGAUACUUUUUAAUUAUUUUCCUUAUUUUUUUUUUAAAUAGAAAGU